AUGGCAGCUUUGACGCCAGAACUCCGAAGCACCGUCGCCGGCUACCUGAAGAGGGCACAGGAGGGAACACUUGUGCAGAGUGUCAACGCCCUUCACGACUUCCUUCUUGGGCAAAAGCUCGCUUGGAACUUGAAGCUCAGCCCCGAGUUGGUGGGAGUCCAUCCCGAGAACCGGGAUGGAUUAGGCAUCUCGGCCAGUCACGUCCAAGAGCUGAUCACGAACAUUGCGAGUAUAGGUUUCAGCACCGCAGAAAGCCGUGCUGUGUGCCUGGAGGUUCCGGCAGAUAGCCGGGGAGACCUGUGCCGCGAGUUCAACCGUCGGCUUUCUGCCGAAGCCAAUGGAAAACUGGCACCAGUCAACCCCACGAUGCUGAAAUACGCUUCCAUCGUGGGGAGCCAUGCGAAUCAGGCGGCCAGGUGCUUCGUGCACGGGGUCUGCCACGAGGACCCGAAAGUGACCAUUGAGGGCAGGCUGAGCAUGGAAAAGUUGGCGAUGGUGGACCCGGUCUGGCAUUCCAGCAUCCGUGAGGGGCUCACGUGGAUGGUGGUUUCCUACGAGAUCGCCGAGGUGUUCCCCGAGUAUGUGGCCUUGGCCCAAUCCGCAGGAAAUGCUGCCGGCCAGAUCGCCUCCGGCGAAGGCGAGCUCCAGCUCGCCCGCAAGGUCAACCAAGCCAUCGAAGGGUUUCUUACCCGCACCGGGAAAGACACGGUCUCCUAUACGGAUAUAGCUCCGGGCAUUCUGCGAAGCAAGCCUCCCUCAGGCAGUUCCCUGCCCGGCAUCUUCACUUUCGUUCUCCGGUAUGGUGGCGGUGCAGGCUCAGAUUCCUUCCUCGCGAAGACCGAAAAACACAUCCGGGCUCACGGCAUUGCCUCCCGGUCCCAGGGGCCCGAGUUCUGGUCUGCCCUCAGCACAGAGAUAAAAGGAUCUUCCAACCAGCGGGUACUUUGGCGACACAUGCUGCUGAAGCUUGCCUUUUGCGGGCCAGGGAAGAUUCUCAACCUUGGGGACAUUAAACGAGCCCUGGCCGGCAAGGACAUCCUCCCCAAAGCGGAGCAGGCCGAGAAGCUCGCCCUUCGCAUGCAUCAAUUGCUGCAUGCCGAUGCACGACUCACUGGCGAGGUCGCCGCGGCGACUUUGUCGGAAGUCGAAAUGGAGAUGACAGCAGUCAUUUUCCAGAAGAAAAAAUUCACCACCAGGGCCCUUCGGAAGUACGAUGAUUCUGGGGCACCGGUGAACAAUGCUCGUGUCCUCGAGCUCGGCUUCGAGAAGGGGGUUCAGGUUAUCCGAAAGGCCGAUGAGGUUGUCGCCGUGGUGGAGGAGAUCCAGCCGGACAAGGUGACACUGAAGCUCGCCAGUGAUGGGUCGCUGGUCACAUGCUCGGCCAAUGCUUUCAUCCAGGGCAAGUGGAAGAAACACACGGACAAGAGCCAGCCCAUCCAGGUGGGGGAGUGGUGGGAGUCUUCCCCGUGUGCAUCGCCCGACUUCCUGAUCUCCACGGUGAAGGGACGAGUCAUGUUGUCAAUGCUCCAGCAAUACGAAGCCUUCAAACAUGAAAAGGCCUUGCAAAUCUUCUCCAAGCCCAGGGAGGUGAAGUCGCUGAAAGCAUUUGCGGUUGGUGCCCUCCAAGUGCCUAUCUGCACGAACCGUGUGGACAUCCGUCCCAGCAGCCAGGCCGGCUCGCAGGGUGCGAUUUUGAUUGGUUCCAUGAAAGGUGCAGGAGCGGAUAUGUCCGUUUACAUCGUGCCAUCGGUUACGUUUCCAAAGGACGGGAACAUCGGCUUCAUCUCCCCAGCCUGGUGCAUGAAGGCAAGCUGCGACAAGGAGGAAUGCAAUCUCGAGGUUUCUGCCCCCGCGGCCGCGAAGAACUUUAGUAAGCAAAAGCUCGAGAAGAUGAAUGCAUCGAUUCACCUGCCCUCCAUCAGGAACUUUCGCAAAAUCGAGGUUGACGACAGCCUGGUGAUUUUCAGGCCGGACUUGGCCAAAGCGGAUGACAUCGAGAAGCUCGAGCCCUUGACCCCUACCCCUGCCCCCAAGAAGAAGGCUAGGACCAGCUGA